AUGAUUGAAAAUAAUAUAGAUAUAUCAUCAAAAUCAUAUAGGGAUGAUUGUGAUGUAGCAAUAGUAGGUUUAGGACUUAGAUUACCUGGUAAUUCAAAUAGAACAUCAGAACUAUGGGAUAAUUUAUUAAAUGGUUUCGAUGGUAUCGUUGAAACUAACGAAAGAUGGAGCGAUACAUUUAAUGCAAUGGGCGAAAUUGCAAGUAAAGAAGCAGGUUUACUCGAACUUGAAGAGUGGAUGAGUUUUGAUCCAUUACAUUUCGGUAUUAAUCCAGCAGAGGCCAAACAAAUUGACCCACAGCAAAAGCUAUUACUUAAAACAACUUGGGAAGCAUUCGAGGAUGCUGGUAUAGAUCCAUUAACAUUAAGAGGCACAUCAACAUCAGUGUUUGUUGGUGCUUCCUCUCAAGACUAUGGUAUUAUGUAUAUGGACCAUAGCGAAGAAUUGGUAAAUUAUAAUGUAUUUAAUUCAAAUUUAGGAGGUUUUGCAAAUAGAAUUUCGUACUGUUUUGAUUUUCGAGGUACAUCAUUAACUGUAGACACUGCAUGUUCAAGUUCAUUAAAUGCAUGUACUUUAGCUUACAAGUCGAUUGUCAAUGGAGAUUCAGACUAUUCUAUUGUUGGAGGUUCCAAUUUAAUAUUAAACCCACAAAUUUCUAAAGCAUUUACAUCAAUUAACAUUAUUGGUAAGUCUGGUAGAUGUAAAGCAUUCGAUGAAUCAGCAGAUGGUUUUGUACGUGCUGAAGGUGUUGCUGUUUUAAUUCUAAAAAAGCUAUCACUUGCACAAGCUGAUGGUGACCAAAUUUAUGCAGUCAUAAGAGGUUGUAAUUCAAAUGUUGAUGGUACAUUAAAUAAAGGUAAUUUUAUGAAGCCAUCAAAAACAGCUCAAACAAAUAAUAUUAUCAAAGCAUUCGAAUCAACUAAAGGCUCACUCCAAUAUUCAGACAUUGAUUUCUUUGAAGUACACGGUACUGGAACACCAAUUGGCGAUCCAAUUGAAGUAGAAGCUGUAGCUGAUGUAUUUAAAUCAGUUAAAACACCUGACAACCCAUUGUUAAUUGGCUCAAUUAAAAGCAAUAUUGGUCAUCUUGAACCAGCAUCAGGUGUCGCAUCAUUAGCCAAGUGCUGUUUAAUGUUAAAAAACCGUCAGUUUGUAAAAAAUAUUCAUUUUGAAAAACCAAAUCCAAACAUCAAAUUUGAAGAAUGGAAUGUCAAAGUUUGUACAGAAAACACUGAAUUCCCAAACAAUAAACAAGUAUCAGUUGCAAUCAACAGUUUCGGUAUUACUGGUUCGAAUGUAUGCAUUCUUUUAUCUGAAUAUAAUAAUAGUGUUGUACCAAGUAAAAACAAUACAAAACCAACAACAAUAUUGAUCCCAAUUUCAGCCAACUCGAAAAAGUCACUAGAUCAACUCAAAGAUGAAAUAAUUGGAAAUUCAACAUUAUAUUCAAAUACCAUAGAUUUCAAAGAUUUUGUUUAUAAUCAAUUAUAUUCAAAAUCAACACAGCUAGUCCAAAGAUCAGUAUUUAUUGUAAGCAAUUUCAGCGACCUUAGUUUAGAAACAUCAUCUAUUUCAACAAAUAGUACCAUAUCUGGUAACAUAUUAAAAUCAAAUGUCGAAGAUAAUGAAGCUAACGAUAACAGCAGUAAAACACCAUUAAUAUAUGUCAUGUGUGGUCAAGGUCCACAAUGGAAUGGUCAAGCUAUCGAACUGUAUAAUAAAGAACCAAUUUUCAAGAAAUCAAUGGAUACUAUCGACUCAAUACUAUCAAAGUACUUUGGUUAUUCAAUAUUAUCAAAACUAAGAUCAAUUAAAGAUAAUGACAAUAAUACUAUUAACGAACCAACCGUUGCACAACCAUCAAUAUUUAUGUUACAAGUUUCAUUAUAUGAUUUAUACAAACAUUGGGAUAUCAAACCAUCAAUUAUCCUUGGUCAUUCAUUUGGUGAAGUUUCAGCUGCUUAUUGCUCUGGCAUGAUUACAUUAGAAACAGCAUGUGAAAUUAUUUAUCAAAGAUCUACACUUCAAAACAAGACUAUUGGAUCUGGUAAAAUGUUAGCUAUUGGUUUAAACGAACAACAAUUUAAAGAUCAAUUUUCAUCAAAGUAUCCAACAAUCGAAAUCAGUUGUUACAACUCACCAUCAUCAAUUGUUAUUUGUGGUAAUGAAUCCGAAGUUAAUGAAAUCGGACAAACCCUAAAAGAGAAACAAGUGUUUUCAACACUAUUAGGGUCACCAUCAUCAUUCCAUUCAUCAAAACAAGAAGUUAUUAAAGAUGAAAUAAUAACAUUAACUAAAAACAUUAAAUCAAAUAAACCAAACAUUCCAAUAUUUUCAACAGUUACUGGUGAAAUAUUUAAAUCAGAAGACUCUCAAUUCGACUCCAACUAUAUUUACAACAACAUUAGACAACCAGUAUUAUUCCAAAAAGCAAUCGAGAAUAUAUUUAAAUAUAUCGAAUCAAAUGAACUUGGAAAUAGAGUACAAUUUUUAGAAUUAUCACCACAUCCAACAUUAGUUAACUAUAUAAAAGAAAUGAUUCCAACUACCUCAGAUUUCUAUCAACCAGAAAAUAUAUCAGUAUUAUCAUCACUAAAUAGAAAAACAAAUACUGAUAUGAUUGAAAUUAGAAAAUCAAUUUCACAAUUAUAUUGCAAUGGUUAUAAUGUCAAUUUCAAAUGUCAACUACCAGCACCAACAACAGUCGAGAAACUACAAUCUAAAAAAGCAUCCUAUGUAUUACCACGUUAUAAAUGGGAUGAUGAUAUCUAUUUCCAUCAAAGUUCAUCCAUCCAAACAUAUAAAAUGAAUGGCUCAACUAUAAAUACUUUAGGUUAUAAAUAUGAUCAAACACCAUUUAUAUCAUAUACAUCCUAUAUUGAUGUUAGUCAAGAACCAUAUAAAUUCUUAAAAGGUCAUCAAGGCAAAGGUAAAACCCUCUUCCCAGGUUGUGGUUAUUUAGAUAAUAUUUUAAAAAGCUUCCCAAAUCAAGAUAUUACCAUCAAUAUUUUAGAAUUUAAAUCACCAUUAAUUUUGAUCGAUGGAGUUAGACAAUGUCUAUCAACAAAUAUUUACCAAUCAGGUAAAAGCGAAUACAGAGUUUUAUUCCAUUAUAAAGACAUUAAAACUGGUAAAUGGAUAUUAUCCGCACAAGGUAGAUUCUCAAUUUCAAAACAUAAUAAGACUCCAAAGAAUGUUGACCUCAAUGUUUGCAAAAACAUCUGUAAUUGGAUUACAUUACCAAGAAAGGAAUUAUAUGAAGCAAUUAAAGAAAUGGCACAAUUAAACUUAACAGGUUCAUUCCAAAGUAUUGAAGAAGGAAAAUUCGGAAAUAAUGCAGCUUUUAUUAAAAUUGCAUUAAAUCCACUUUCAAGCUAUGACAAUCAACUUUUCCUCAAUACUUGUGUUCUUGAUGCUUGCUUUCAAUCUCUAUCUGUAUUCAAAGAUCACUCAAGUCUCACAUUUUUUGAUAGACUUAUGGAAGUUCAAUUCUUUUCAGAAAAUAUACCAAGAUCAGCUAUGGAUAGAGAUAAACUUAAAUAUGUCUAUUGUUACACAGAAUUGAUCGAUAGAGUUGGUGAUUCUUAUAUAGCAAAGGUUGUAAUGAUGUUAGAAGAUGGAACUAUUUUAUUUACAUCACCAGCCGCCGUUUAUACUGCCAUUAAUCCAAAUACCAAUGGUUAUACCAUCGAAAAUCCAAACCAUUGUUUUUAUUCAGUAGCCAAACAAUCUAAAGACUCUCCACUAGAACCACCAUCAAAAACUUUAUCUUCAAAGAUAACUGAAAUUAUUCCAACACCAGCCAACAACAUUUUAAAAGCUAUUACAACUACUUUAUAUACACCAGUCAAAAAGAGUUAUCAAGCUAUUACACCAGCAGGUGUUACAGAAGAUUCGACACAAUUAUUAAUUUCCAAAUAUUUCAAAGUUUCAGAAUCUGAUGGUACACCAAAGAUGAAUUUAGCAAAACUUUUCUUUGAAAUGUUAAAGAACAAUGUUUCGUUGAUUGAAUAUGGUGCUAGUGCUAAUUUAGCCAAAGUUGUUAAUGCUCAAGAUAUCAAAACAAUUAAUAAAUUAACCAAAUUUUUAUUAAAUGAAACACCAACUCCAAUUGAUCAAGCUUCCUCAACUUUAAUAACAUCUUUUAUUCCAGAAAUCCCACACAAUCAAAUUAUAAAAGAAAUCAUUACAGCCUCAAUUACACCAAUUAUUAACGAAAAGAUUGUUUUUAGAAUAUUAGAGGUUGGUAGUGGUAUUGGUUUAUUAUCUGAAAUAAUUGCCACCGAAAUCAACUCAUUAAUUGAAAAAAACCCACUUUCAGAAAUCAAUAUUGAAUUUACAACUUCAGAUAAAGAAAAUACCUUUGCACCAUUAAUUAAAGAAAAGCUAGAAUCAAUUGUUGAAUCAAACUUAUCAUCCUUCAAAUGCCUAUUUAAUACUAUUGACUUUAAGCAAGAUUUAUUAGACCAAAAUUUUUAUCCAUCCUAUUAUGAUAUUAUCAUUGUAUCUACUUUUUCAGAUAUCGAAGAUAAGAAAUCGUCAGUGGAAAAACUAAAUAAAAUUUUAUAUCCAAAUGGCUAUUUAGUAAUAAUUGAUACACUCUUUAAACCAAAGACAACUGAUAAAGAACUAGAAACAUAUGGACAAUGGUUGUCAUACAAUUGUCUAAAUUCAACCACAACCAUCGAUGAAUGGAAACAACUAUUAGUUACAGAGUUAGGCUUUAAAGAUGUUAUAUCAACAACAUCUCAGACAAGUUUAAUUACUGCUCAAAAGCCAAAAUUGGUCGAGUCAACAUUAUCAAUGCAACUACCUAUUGCAGAUUAUGAUCAAAUUAUAAUCUUUGGCCUAUCUAUAGAUGGUAUAGAUGAAUCUAAACUUAUUUCAGGUAUCAAUCAAGCAACUGAAAAACCAGACUCACUCUAUAGAAUACUUUCAUAUGAAGAUUUUGAAAAGCAUAUAGAAUCUAAACCAUUAACCAAUAAAUCAAUUAUAUUUUUCGUUAGUACCAUCAAUGACAUAGGUCAAGGAAAUUUCGUUGAAAUUACAUACGACUACAUUAGAAUCAACCAACAUUUAUUAAAAACUAAAAAUGGUUGCAAACAUAUAUUGGUAUCCAAACUCUCACAACUUGAAUCAAUUAAUGCAUUUGCAUCUUCAGUUAUUGGUGCUUUCAGAUACUUUUGUGAAUUUUCCGAAUUAAAUAUUUAUGCAUUUGAUUUCGGUUUUGAUAUUUUCGAAAAAUCUUUAACAGACUUUAGAAUUUAUAACGAAUUAUCCAAUCCACAAAAACACAUCCAAAGAGAGUAUAUCAUCAGAAACGAAAGUAUUUACUUUGAAAGAAUUAAACAAGACAUCAACUUAAAGCUAAAAUAUAACUCAACAUCAUAUAUCGAUAAAAAAGAGGAGUUAAUUGCAAGAUUAGAUGCUCAAAAUUUAGAAUUUAAGCUCGAAGCCAGAAGAUCACUAUUAGAGAAUGAAAUCGAAGUUCAAGUAAAAGCAGUUGGUAUCAAUUUCAAAGAUAGUUUAGUUUAUCGUGGUUUAGUUCCAAAAGAAUCAACCAAUCGUAAAGGUGAUCAUAAUAAUCCAGAAAUGGGUUUUGAGUGUAGUGGUAUAGUAACAAGAGUUGGUAGCAAUGUUAAAAAGUUGAAAGUAGGUGACCAAGUAUUAGGUGCCUGUUUCUCUGCCGCAUCAUCACAUGUCAUUGACGAUGAAGAAAGAUUUUUAUUAAAACCAAGCAAUAUUUCAUUUGUUGAAGCAGCUUCAAUUCCAUUGGUAUAUAUUACAUCUUAUUUCUCAUUAUUUUAUCAAGGUAACCUUAGUAUUGAUCAAAAUGAAACUGUUUUAAUUCAUUCUGGUACUGGUGGUAUUGGUUUAGCAUGUAUUGAGUUAUUAAAAGCAAUGGGUUUCAAAUCAUUAUUAUUUGUAACAGUUGGCUCAAAAGAAAAAGAACAAUUCUUACGUAACACCUAUGGUGAUUUUAUUACUGGAAUCUAUUCAUCAAGAAAUACCGAUUAUAUGCACCAAGUUAGAAAUAAAAUUUCAGAAAUUAGGGGAAAAGAGAAACCAGUAUUUUCAGAUCUUUAUUUUGGUGAACAUGGUGUAGAUGUUAUAUUAAAUACUUUACCAGUCGAAUUUAUGGAAGCAAACUUCAAUACAUUGGCUCAAGGUGGUCGUAUUGUAGAUCUCAGUGUAACUCAUUUACAUCCAAAUGAAACCACAGACUAUUCGAAAUUCCGUUUCUUGAUAAGCUAUAGUACUUCUGAAAUCAUGUCAUCGGGUUUCAAAAAAUCCAAACCAUUCUUUGAAACUGUUGUCAAUAUGAUUAAAGAAGAAAAGCUCUCAUUACUACCAAUCAAAGAAUAUCCAGUUUCAGAAAUUAAACAAGCAAUCGAAUUUAUUUCUGAAAGACAACAUAUUGGUAAACUUGUUGUUAAUUUUGAAACCACUCCAGAUUUAAUUCAAGAUACAAUCGAAAAAUCACACCAUGGGUUUGAAAAGAACUAUCUAUUGCCAUCGCUUACAUAUCAAGUUGAUAAUAAUAGAUUUGGUAAAACCAUUUUACUAUCUGGUCAAAAAGGUUUAUCACUAACCAUUAUUAAAUGGAUUUUAGUAAAUACUCCAAAGAAUUUAGACCAAGCCAUAAAAAAUAUUAUAGUUUUCUCAAAGUCACCAAUUAAAUUUGAAUUAGAAAUUAUUAUGGCUGCAGCUAAAUCCAAGAAUAUUCCAAUUAAUUUCUAUUUUAAACAAGUUGAUAUAUCAUUAAGUUUAGAAGUUGAUCAAGCAAUUGACCAACUAUAUAAAGACAAUCCAAAUUUAGAACCAGUUGAAAGUAUUUUCCAUAAUGCAUUCUUACCAGUACAAUCAGAAGCAGAGGAAAUAAAUUUACAACAAUUAGUAGACUCACAUGGUGCCAAAAUAUUUGGAAUGAUGAAUUUAUAUCAAUCUGUAGGUUCUAAAGGUUGGCUAGUAAAAAAGUUUGUAUUAGCUUCAUCGGUAACAAGUAUAAUUGGGGGUCAUCGUCAAUGUGGUUAUGUUUGUGCCAAUGUAGUAAUAGAUUCAUUCACCAAAGUAUUAAGACAAUUCGGUAUACCAUGUGUCUCAAUAAACUUUUCUGCAAUAGAAAAUAGUGGUUAUGUCAGUAGAAAUGAAUCAGUUCAAGCAUUAUUUUCAUCUCAAGGAUUACAACAAAUUUCAACAAAUUUGGUUUUGGGUUCAUUAGAUUUGAUAACUCAAAAUCAAGAUCAAUUAAAUGGUAAAAUUGUUGCUCAAUUCAAUUACUCAAAUAUUGGAAAAACAUUCAAAAAUAAUUUACAUCUCUAUAAAAUAGAUUUCUUUUUGAAUUCAAUUCAAUCAAAAUUUGGUAGCUCUUAUGAUGAUGAUGACGAAAUUUCAAUUAGAGAUCAAAUUGUUGACAAAUUUAGUGAAUAUUUAUCAGUAGAUAAAUCUAAAAUUAACAUGGACGUUCGUUUGUGUGAUUACGGUAUGGAUUCCAUCAUGGUAGUAGAGCUUAAAAAUUGGCUUGAUAAAACAUAUGUACCCAAUAUCUUGACCAUUGCACAGUUACAACAGGUAACAAUAAAUCAACUCGCAGCCGCCGUUAAAAAUGCAGUUAGUAAAUCGAAUAAUAAGAAAACUAUUAAAAAGAAACAACAACAAACAAAUUCAUCAAUUGAAUGGGAAAGCGAAAUAAAAUUAGAUGAAUCGUUUAUUUCACCAUCACAAAACCAAAUUAAAGUAUAUAAAGAGACAUUAGCAACCAAUAAAGAUAACCAAAUAGUUUUAUUAACUGGUGCAACUGGAUUCUUUGGUUUAUAUUUAUUAAGUGAUUUAGUUAAAUCUUCAGAUUAUAAAAAAGUUUAUUGCCUCACAAGAAAUAGAUCAAAAGAAGAAGCAUUAAAAACCAUUAUUCAAUUAUUAAAAGACCAUCAAAUAUAUAAACAAUUAACACAAGAUCAACUUGAUAAAAUUCAACCAAUUUCAGGUGAUUAUUCAAAGGAUAUGUUUGGUAUGUCUAAAGAAGAAUAUCAAUUACUAUCAAAAGAGGUUACAACUGUAAUCAACUCAGCUGCAGAUACAAAUUUAAAAAAGAAAUAUAGAGAUAUGAAAGAGUCAUUAGAUGGUGUCAAUCAAUGCUUAAAAUUCACAAUUCAUUAUAAUCUAAAGAAAUUUAUUCAAAUAUCAACAGUUAGUGUUUAUGCAAACUCUACUAGUACCCAAACUAAUGAUGAAUAUGCUUUCCCAUCAAUAAAUAAAGAAUCAAUGGAGAGCGUUACAAUGACUGGUUAUAAUCAAUCUAAAUUAGUAGCUGAAUAUAGAAUAAAAGAAGCAUCCUCUAAAGGAGUUCCAGCAAUGAUUAUAAGAUGCCCACCUCUCUUCCCAAAUCCAGAAACAGGUAUUGGUAGACCAUUUGAUUUAUUCCAAGUUUUGCUUCAAUCAUGCUAUUUAAUGGAUGUUUAUCCACAAGAAUUAAUGUUCCAAAAAAUGUAUACAAUUCCAAUUACAUGGGCUUCAAGAAAUAUAUCAUUCAUCAUUUCAAAUUGUUGGAAUUUCUCAACACCAAUCGAAAAUCUUAUUUGUUUCAAUCUUUUUGGAAAUAGUAUACAAAUAGGUGAUAUUAUCCAAUCAUUAGCCACCGAUUUAACUUGGAGAAGAUUAACAUCACUUCAAUUCAUAAAGAAACUUUCUAUUUACGAAAAUGAUUCUUGCCGAUUAUUAGCCUCUUUUGUUUCAAAUCAACAAGAUUUCCUUAGAAAUAUCAUUGUUAUCCCUGGCCAACUCAAUUUAAACGAUCAAUUAAAACAAAUUUUAGAAUCAAAUAAUCUAUUUAAUGGUUGGGAAGUUUCAAAACAAAACAUAAUAACUCAUCUUAGCUACACCUUCAAAAAGAAAAUAUUAUAA